AUGAGACGAGGAAAUUCAGGUAACGACCGUGAACUUGGGAUUCUACGAGGAGCUCACUCGGAUACCAACUCCGACAACGAAAGCAUCGCCAGCGACCGGACCGCCUUCAGUGGUCCCUUGGGUGGUCGGCCUAAACGCGCAUCCAAGAAAAACGCAAGAUUUGCUGCGGAUCUUCCUAGGAGAAGCAAUAGUGUCAGCGGCGACGGCGGUGGACGUGGCGGUGAAGACGAUGAGUACGUGGAGAUUACGCUAGACAUCAGGGAUGACUCGGUGGCCGUCCACAGUGUCCAGCAAGCUAGUGCCGGAGGAGGAGCUCAGCAUUUGGAGGAUCCAGAGCUGACACUUCUCACCAAGAAGACGCUUGAAAGCAGCCUCAACAACUCCGCCUCCCUUAACUUCUUCCGUAGCACCUCCUCACGUAUCAAGAACGCAUCACGCGAGCUCCGGCGCGUGUUCUCUAGACGCCCUUCUCCCGCCGUGCGACGGUUUGACCGAACGAGCUCCGCUGCCAUCCAUGCUCUUAAAGGUCUCAAGUUCAUAGCCACCAAGACCGCCGCGUGGCCCGCCGUAGACCAACGUUUCGAUAAACUCUCCGCUGACUCCAACGGCCUCUUACUCUCUUCCAAGUUUUGGGAAUGCUUAGGAAUGAACAAGGAGUCAAAAGACUUUGCGGACCAGCUCUUUAGAGCACUGGCUCGCCGGAAUAACAUCUCCGGCGAUGCAAUCACCAAAGAACAGCUCAGAAUCUUCUGGGAACAAAUUUCUGAUGAAAGCUUCGAUGCCAAACUACAAGUCUUCUUUGACAUGGUGGACAAAGAUGAGGAUGGAAGGGUAACAGAAGAAGAGGUGGCUGAGAUUAUUAGUCUUAGUGCUUCAGCGAACAAGCUUUCAAAUAUUCAAAAGCAAGCCAAAGAAUAUGCAGCGUUGAUAAUGGAAGAGUUGGACCCAGACAAUGCUGGUUACAUCAUGAUCGAAAACCUGGAGAUGCUUUUACUACAAGCCCCGAACCAGUCAGUGCGGAUGGGAGACAGUCGGAUACUAAGCCAAAUGCUAAGCCAGAAGCUGAAACCGGCGAAAGAAAGCAACCCUCUGGUGAGAUGGUCGGAGAAAAUCAAAUAUUUCGUACUUGACAACUGGCAGAGACUAUGGAUCAUGCUGCUAUGGCUUGGCAUCUGCGGCGGCCUAUUCACCUACAAAUUCAUUCAGUACCGAAACAAAGCGGCUUAUGGCGUGAUGGGUUAUUGCGUUUGUGUCGCCAAAGGAGGCGCAGAGACUCUCAAAUUCAACAUGGCUCUCAUUUUGCUGCCUGUUUGUCGCAACACUAUCACUUGGCUCAGGAACAAG